AUGGCGCCUUCUUUCGCCGGUAUGAGCGGCAGGAAGCUGUCCUUGACAGUAUCCACCAUCGCCACGAUGGGCUUCCUGCUGUUCGGUUACGAUCAGGGUGUUAUGUCAGGUAUCAUCUCUGCAAAGGCCUUCAACAACGUUUUCACCGCCACCAAGGACGACACAAUGCAAGCCCUGGUGACCGCCGUUUACGAAUUGGGUUGUUUGUUCGGUGCCAUUUGGGCCCUGUUCAUGGGUGACACGAUGGGUCGUCGCUGGAUGAUCAUCGUGGGUGCCACCAUCAUGAUUAUCGGUGUUAUUAUUCAGGUCACUGCAUUCGUCGGUCACGUUCCUCUCGCCCAGUUUAUCAUCGGUCGUAUCGUCACCGGUGUUGGUAACGGUAUGAAUACUUCGACAAUCCCUACUUACCAAGCGGAGUGCUCGCGCACCAGCAACCGUGGUCUUCUCAUCUGUAUCGAGGGUGGUAUCAUUGCCAUUGGUACUGCGAUUGCCUACUGGAUUGACUUCGGUGCCUCGUACGGUCCCGAUCCUCUCGUCUGGCGUUUCCCGAUCGCUUUCCAGAUUGUCUUUGGUCUGAUCAUCAUUGUCGGCAUGUAUUUCUUGCCUGACUCUCCUCGCUACCUGAUCUCCAAGGGCAAGGUCCACGAGGGAGAGUACGUCCUUGCUGCCCUUGGUGGCUACGAAAUUGAUUCCCACGAGACCCAGAUGCAGAAACAGCUCGUGAUCGAGUCCAUUGAGGCUGCUGGUGUCGCUGAGGGUGCUGGCUACUCGGAUUUGCUCACUGGCGGCAAGACUCAGCACUUCCGCCGUAUGCUUAUCGGUUCUUCCUCCCAGAUUGCCCAGCAGCUGUCGGGAUGCAAUGCUGUCAUCUACUAUCUCCCUGUCUUGCUCGAGCAAUCUCUGGGCCAGGAUCGCACCAUGUCUAUGAUCAUUGGUGGUGUCAACAUGAUUGUCUACGCCAUUUUCGCUACCUUCUCCUGGUUCUUCAUUGAGAAGAUCGGUCGUCGCAAGCUCUUCCUUGGUGGUAUGACCGGCCAGAUGGUCUCCAUGAUCAUCGUCUUCGCUUGCCUGAUCCCUGGCGGUGAGGGCCCUUCCAAGGGAGCCGUGUUCGGUCUGUUCUUGUACAUCGCUUUCUUCGGUGCUUCCAUCUUGCCAUUGCCGUGGUUGUACCCCGCCGAGAUCUCUCCUAUCCGGACUCGUGCGAAGGCGAACGCUGUCUCGACUUGCUCCAACUGGUUGUUCAACUUCACUGUCGUCAUGAUCACCCCUGUUAUGAUCGCCCACAUCCACUGGGGGACUUACCUCUUCUUCGCUGUGAUGAACGCCAUCUUCAUUCCCCCGAUGUACUUCUUCUACCCUGAGACUGCCGGCCGCUCGCUUGAGGAGAUUGAUCUCAUCUUCGCCAAGGGUUUUGUCGACAACAUCAGUUACGUCAAGGCUUCCCACGAGCUGCCCCGGCUCACCGACGAGGAGAUUGAGCAGUACGCGAUCCAGUAUGGCUUCCAGGGCGCUGGUGCUGGUGACGUUGAGAAGGCUACCCACUCCCCUUCUUCCACCGACCAGGAGCGCGAGGAGAACUACAAGGCUGAGUACAACACUCAGCAGACUCUCUCUGGUGGCAAUGACCGCGCCCAGGAGUAG